CCAAAGGCGCAUGGAGGCGACUUCAUCCUGGCCCGAAUCCACUCUCCCAAUCUCCAGGCUUCUGCAUCAGGAGAAGUUACUGACCUGCUCAAUGGCUCCUACCGGGUGCGUUUCCGCCUGUUCUGGCCUGGAGACGUACUGGUGUCUGUGCUUCUCAUGCACUCCUCUGAGGCAGUCGGGAUCCUCAGGAGAAUCAGUGCGCACAACUACGAUAAGAUCAUAUACACCGGAACCUUCUACAGUGGGAACAAAACUGAGCAAUCUCAGUGCGGCAUCCGGCUGAAAGCAGACAGGCCUCUCUGCGAGUACAGGAAGAAGGAAGACGCGGAGUACUACGCCUGUGUCCGACCCAAAACCCUUUCCUGCAGCACCCUGAGGACCAUGCGGUCCAGAAAUGGCCCAAUUUCUAACAUGGCCAGGGAUGAGCGUUUGCUCCUGAGCAGGAAAAACAUUGGAAUAGAAAUGAGAAACAGCUUUGGUCCUGUGAAAGUCAUCAGUUGUCCCGCAGGGACCCACAGACCGACUGAAAAGUGUGUGGCAGGGUUUGGAAUGACGUCCCCUUCACCGAGUGGCUACUUCUUUAGAAACAGAUGGUCUUCCACCUCUUGCCAGACGGGAAACUUCUUCAGUGCGGACGCCAUCAGCAGAUGUCUGAAGGGAAGGAACCUGAAACUCAUGGGAGACUCCACUGUGCGCCAGUGGCAAGAGACGCUCAUAAAAACGCUGAAAGGGCUGAAAUAUGUAAAUCCGUAUGAUACUCAUUACUAUGCCCUGGUUGUGGACCCACAAAGGAACAUCACUGUCCAGUGGAAGAUGCACGGACAUCCUUUCGUCACUGGCUACAACGUGGUCAAAGAUGCCGUGGGGUACAUUUUCAGAGAAGUAGACAGAGUAGCGGUUGACGACGUAGUGGUCAUUGGAGUGGGACAGCAUUUUAGGCCCUUCCCCCUGGAGAUCUUCGUCCAGAGGCUGAUCAACAUGCGCAAGGCCAUCCUGAGGCUCCACAAACGCAGCCCCCAGACCCUCGUCAUCAUCAAGCUGGAGAACACCAGGGAGUUGGACUCAGAUAUGACCCACCUGAGUGACUGGUUUGGCUACGUUCAGAACCUGGCUCAGAGAAAGGUGUUCAGGGACCUGAAGGUGGUGCUGGUAGACGCCUGGGACAUGACAACAGCCGCCAACACCUUCGCCAUCCACCCUAACAGCAUGAUUGUUUCCAAUGAGAUAGCCUUGGCUCUGUCACACCUCUGUCAUGAUGCAUAGAGGUUCUUUCUGAAAGGAACUAUAUAACAGGAGUUUCUAACUCCAUUUCUCUAGAGACUUUGUUUACAGUACACCCAGGGGCUUGUUACAAUACACUAGGAGCUUUGGAAUUUUAAGGUUUUUAAUUGCGUCCCUAUUAGUAAUAGUAGGUGUUUGAUUCUGGGGUGGAAUUUGAGUGCUUAUUAAUGAUUAUACAAUGACAAUGUAGUAUACUGGCUAAGGAGUUGGUCCUGUAACCUAAAGGUUGCAGGUUCGAUUCCCUGGUAGGACACUGCCGUUGUACCCUUGAGCAAGGUACUUAACCUGCAUAGCUCCAGUAUACAUCCAGCUGUAUAAUUUGAAUACUAAACUGGCUUGGGCUGACCACAUGCCAUUUUCACUGCAGCUGUUUUACCUCAGUUUUCAUCAGACAUGACACUUUUUGCAAAGACAUUCAAUAACCAUAUUCACCUCACCUAUUAACUUUCAGUUUUGAUGAAUAUCUUUUCAUAUUUAGAUCUGGGCUAUUAAAAGCCUUGAUCAAGAUACUUGCUACCUAGCAGUUUCUAGUCAGUCACCUAGCGGAGCUACCUGGUAAUACUGAGCUCUUUGUGAAAACUAGGGAUCGGUACCAGUAAUGGAUUGAUCGAUUACAUGUCAGAUAUGUGCCUACUUGAUCUUCUGAUUUUUUCAUAAAGGCUAGGCUACACACGGUACAACUAGGCUAUGU